GCGGCGAUAAGCCACGGGAAUGACUGGCGCCCGGCAAGAUCGCCCGAGCCUGCACACCGGUCAUGACGAAUAUACGGGAGCCACCGGGAGCGCGCCAUGGGGAAUGUUUUCUAUCGGGCAGUCCGCGGCUCGUCAAACCGUGAGCCUACUUAUCACCAAUUGCGGGCGUAAUCACAAGGCUCCCCAGACCGCUCGUUGCUUAAACUGAACCCUCCUUCGACAAUCACCUCCAAUUGCGUUUCUACCUGUUAUCACAUCUUCUGCUGGCAUCGCCUGUCAAGGGUCGCUGAGAUUGUCCUCUCACAGCCGCUAUCGCGCUCACACCUCCAAGUGACCGAUUUCGACGGGAGAUCUAGCACCCUGGGAGUUCUAACACAGACGAGCAAUUAUGUUGUCGUCGUCUCGUCUUGCACAGCGGCUCUGCCGUCAACCGCGGUUUUCGGCAUCCGCCCUCCAGGCCCGUCGCUUCGACAGCGUCCGCCUGGGACGAUGCUUCUCUGUGAACACACCGCUCAAUGCGAGUGCCCAGAAGGCCCAGCGCUUUGCCGAGACGCAGAGCAGCGUGAAAAUUAACGAGCAUGAGCUCUUCUCCCGGAGGCACAUUGGCAGCGAGCUCAGCGUGCAGCACGAGAUGCUCAAGUCGCUGGACCCUCCUGCCAGCUCCAUGGAGGAAUUCCUCGCGCAGACCAUUCCUCCCCAGGUCCGGAGGAAGACGACCGGCCUGGACUUGGUCGAGCAAUGGGACGAGGCCAGCUCUGAGGUGCCCGUACCCGCCGAGGGCCGCCCUGAGCACUUCAUUCAGAAGAAGAUGAGAGAGCUCGGCAGCAAGAACACCGUGUUUGAGUCUUACAUUGGAUCUGGAUACUACGGAACCCUCGUGCCCCAGGUCAUCCAGCGCAACAUCCUGGAGAACCCUGCCUGGUACACCAGCUACACGCCCUACCAGGCCGAGAUCAGCCAGGGCCGCUUGGAGUCUCUGCUCAACUUCCAGACCCUCGUUACUGACCUGACCGGUCUGGACAUUGCCAAUGCGUCCGUUCUGGACGAGGCCACCGCCGCCGCCGAGGCCAUGACGGUUGCCCUCGCCAGCGCGCCGUCCAAGGUGCAAGCCAAGGGCGCCAAGAAGACGUUCGUCGUGUCUGCGAACUGCCAUCCCCAGACCCUCGCCGUGCUCGAGUCCCGCGCGGAGGGAUUCGGCAUCGACAUCGUCAUUGGCGACGUCCUGGCCGACGACUGCAAGCUGAUCAAGGAGGCCAAGGGCAGCCUGAUCGGAACCCUCAUCCAGUACCCCGACACGCACGGCGGCGUGCACGACUUCCAGCGCCUGUCGGAUGUGGUCCACGAGCAAAAGGGACUCGUGUGCGUUGCCACCGAUCUCAUGGCCCUCACCAUGCUCAAGGCGCCCGGCGAGUUCGGCGCCGACAUCGCCCUCGGCAGCGCGCAGCGAUUCGGCGUUCCCCUGGGCUUCGGCGGCCCUCACGCCGCCUUCUUCGCAACCACCGACAAGUACAAGCGCAAGAUCCCCGGCCGCCUCAUCGGCGUGUCCAAGGACCGCCUGGGCAAGCGCGCGCUGCGUCUCGCGCUGCAGACCCGCGAGCAGCACAUCCGCCGCGAGAAGGCCACCAGCAACAUCUGCACCGCCCAGGCGCUGCUGGCCAACAUGAGCGCCUUCUACGCCGUCUACCACGGCCCCGAGGGCCUGAAGGCGAUUGCCCAGGACAUCUGGAGCAAGACGCGUCUCGCCCAGGACCUGAUUCUCAAGGAGGGCCAGUUCAAGCUCUUCACCGAGGGAGUCCGUGAGGACGGCGCCGUGCUCUUCGAUACCGUCACGUUCCAGGCCUCUCCCGACGUCGUCGCGGCCGCGCACGAGCAGGCGCAGCUCCAGUCCAUCAACCUGCGCCGCAUCAGCGAGGACAAGGUCGGCUUUUCGCUGCACGAGGGCGUCUCCCUCGAGAGCCUCGCCAACCUCGUCAAGUGCUUCGGAGUCUCCGAGGCCAAGUUCAACGCCGCGCUCGAGACCAGCGAGGCCGGCUUCCUGGACAACCAGAUCCCGUCCAGCCUCCAGCGCAACACCACAUUCCUCCAGCAGCCCGUCUUCAACCAGUACCACUCCGAGACGGAGCUCCUGCGAUACAUCUACCACCUGCAGCACAAGGACCUCUCGCUGGUGCAUUCCAUGAUCCCGCUCGGCUCCUGCACCAUGAAGCUCAACGCCACGACCGAGAUGCUCGCCGUUUCCGACCCUUCCAUGUCCAACAUGCACCCCUUCGCCCCUGUUGAGCAGGCUUCAGGUUACAAGUCCCUCAUCACCUCCCUCGGCAAGAACCUGUCCACCAUCACCGGCAUGGACGAGGUCAGCCUGCAGCCCAACUCGGGCGCCCAGGGCGAGUUCGCCGGUCUCCGCGUCAUCAAGAAGUACCUCGAGAGCCAGCCCGGCGGCGAGCGCCGAAAGAUCUGCCUGAUCCCCGUCUCCGCCCACGGCACCAACCCCGCGAGCGCGGCCAUGGCUGGCAUGCAGGUCGUGUCCAUCAAGUGUGACGCCAAGACUGGAAACCUGGACAUUGCCGACUUGAAGGCCAAGUGUGCCAAGCACGCCGACGAGCUGGCCGCCAUCAUGAUCACCUACCCCAGCACCUUUGGCGUCUUCGAGCCCGAGGUCAAGCAGGUCUGCGACAUUGUCCACGAGCACGGCGGCCAGGUCUACAUGGACGGCGCCAACCUCAACGCCCAGAUCGGCCUCUGCAGCCCCGGAGACAUUGGCGCUGAUGUGUGCCAUCUCAACCUCCACAAGACCUUCUGUAUCCCCCACGGCGGCGGUGGCCCCGGAGUCGGCCCCAUUGGCGUCAAGGAGCACCUCGCUCCCUAUCUCCCUGGCCACCCCGAGACCGAUCCUCAAAUGGGCACCGCCGAGCGCAAGAACACUGCCGUUGCGCCCAUCAGCGCCGCGCCGUGGGGCAGCGCCUCUAUCCUCCCCAUUAGCCACACCUACAUCUUGAUGAUGGGCGGUGCUGGCCUCACACAGCAGACCGGCGCGGCCCUGCUCAACGCCAACUACAUCAUGUCUCGCCUGCUGCCCCACUACAAGGUGGCCUACACCAAUGCCAACGGACGUUGUGCGCACGAGUUCAUCCUCGAUGUGCGACCCCUGAAGGAGACGGCCGGUGUCGAGGUGGCCGACAUCGCCAAGCGUCUGCAAGACUAUGGCUUCCACUCCCCCACCAUGAGCUGGCCCGUGUCGGGAACCCUCAUGAUCGAGCCCACCGAGUCCGAGUCUCGCGCCGAGCUCGACCGCUUCUGCGACGCCCUGAUCCAGAUCCGACAAGAAAUCGCAGACAUCGAGUCUGGAAAGGUGCCGCGACAGGGCAACCUCCUCAAGAACGCCCCUCACCCGCAACACGACCUGCUCGUCUCGGAGAAGGAGUGGGACCGACCAUACUCGCGUGAGGAGGCUGCUUACCCGCUGCCCUACCUCAAGGAGAGGAAGAUGUGGCCGUCGGUCGCACGGGUGGAUGAUGCAUUUGGUGACACCAACCUGUUCUGCACCUGCCCGCCUGUCGAGGGCAGCGAGGACCUGUAGGGAGUUUGCAUAUUGCUAAAAAAAUAAAGUGGGAAACUGGGAAGGAAGCGUUGGGAUGAGUGGCAGCAUUAAACCUCAUCGUGUUAAUAAUGUCGGUCCAUUUUUAAGGUCAUAUAUCGAAGAUGUUUUAACAACACUUCAACAGCCAUUCUAGAGUUUGAUUAGAAUACACCAAAGAGUUAGAUUACAUGGAAUUCAUGAUCUUGGUCGUUUCAUAUUGAUGAUUGUGCGUCUACGGGCGCGUUUCGAGAGGAUUCACCUUCGGCUUGAAUCGCGUGGUACGCAUCCGCCUGCGGUUACCUCAUGUAUACGACUCACUAAAAACGAGCAAUUGGUGUGAACGAAAAAAAUGCUUGUCAAAUUCGCGGGUCUGCUACAUAGAAAUAUCUCUGGAGACUCCUUUUCCU